CAGGGGUACAGCGUUGUGCUUCCAGAAAAAUUGCAGACUGGGAAGUGGAAUGUAUACAGAUCAGCACGCUCUCCUCUGAAGCUUCUUACUAGAUUUCCUGAUCAUCCUGAACUUGGCACCCUACAUGACAAUUUUGUGCGGUCAGUUGAGACCUUCCGGGACAGCAGAUACUUGGGUACUCGGACUAGGUUAAUGGGACAGUUGGAGAGUAAUGCUCGGUCAGCAAUUGGGUCUGCCCUAGUUUACCGUGGAAUACCAAAGGGAGCUUGUGUUGGACUGUAUUUUAUCAAUAGACCAGAGUGGCUAAUAGUUGAUCAUGCCUGUGCUGCUUAUUCAUAUGUUUCAGUUCCAUUAUAUGAUACUCUUGGUCCUGAUGCUGUCAAGUAUAUUGUAAACCAUGCAGUUGUGGAAGCCAUAUUUUGUGUGCCACAAACAUUAAACAUUUUGUUAAGCUUCUUGUCAGAGAUUCCAUCUGUACGACUAUUAGUGGUGGUUGGAGGGAUUGAUGAGAAACUGCCUUCACUUCCAUCAAACACAGGCGUUGAAGUAAUAUCAUAUUUAAAAGUACUUAAUGAGGUGAUUUCAUGUCUGAGGAUGAGCUCGGUGUCACAAAUUGCUAUUACGUUGUUAUGUAUUUAUCUUAUUCAUCUUGUUGUUUAUAUCUCAUGGGCACACACUCAAGCUUUUACCUGCUGGUUUGAGGGAUACAGUAGCCCUCAUGCUUUUUGUCCCCAAAACCUGAUGAUAUUGCUACUAUUUGCUAUACAAGUGGUACGACUGGGACUCCAAAGGUUUUGGUCUAAGUUCCUUUUCCUUUUCUGUGCUUGA